AUGACAUUUAUCACCUCAGUGUACUGCGCGCCGGUGCGAGGAGAGCGCGUGGCGAGGCAGCGGGCCGCGGCCGCGGGCAACCUGUUGGCGAGGCGCGGACCUCAGCGCGCGGCGCUGCGCGGCUCCGGCAGUCAGUCGGCGGGAGCGAGCCGGACCGCAGCCAUGGCCGACGUGGACGUGUUGCCCGCCGACGCCAGCGCCGCCAGCGCCGCCGGCUGCGGCAGCACCAACGGCGCCGCGGACGACCUCAUGCCACCGCCGCCGCCGCCGGCAGCCAACGGUCCUCGGAAGUUGGGUCCUCGCGGGAUGAGCUCGCAGGAGCUGUGGACGCACGCGGUGGAGAAGAGCAAGCGCGGCCGCGGCGGGGGCGGCUGCGGGGGCGGCGCGCGCGGCCUGCGGAGGGCGAGCAGCAGCCAGCAGCUGCUGGCGGACCUGCGCCGUGGCGCCGACCUGUCGCGCUGGGAGCCCGAGCUCUGCAUCCAGAUGCUCAGCAUCCCCGCCUCGCAGAACUACUCCGCCAUCUGCAAGCUGCUCCAGAAGGCGCCUCAACAGUGGCUGCUGGAAUUCCUGGACCGCGACGGGCUGGGACUGCUGCUGCACAGCCUGGAGCUGCAGUGCGGCCAGCGCUCGCUGUCCGUCAGCGACGCGCUCACGCAGGCACAGUGCGUGCAGUGCAUUCGCGCCGCCAUCAGCUCCGACACCGGCCUGCAGUACAUCAUCGACCGCCGCGACUACGUGCGCCAGCUCGCCGCCGCACUGGAGUCUCAGAAUAUCACAGUGAAGAUGCAAGUUUAUGAACUUCUCUGUGCUGUAUGCAUGUAUUCUUCAAAAGGACAUGCAAUGGCUCUUGAUGCUCUACAGCAUUUAAAGGUUACACGUGGACAACGCUACAGAUUUGAUAUAAUAAUGAAUGAACUUCGUAACACAGAAAAUGUCGCAUAUCAGACCAGACUUCUGUCAUUCAUCAACUGCCUCACUCUGUGCUGCAAUAACUUGCAGAAACGUGUACGUGUCAGAAAUGAAUUCCUUGGUCUUGGUCUUGGACCCAUACUGAGUUCACUACGUGCAAUUGAUGAUAAAGAGUUGCAGAUCCAAGUUUCAGCUUUCACUAACCACCAACACAAAGAUGAGUUGGAAUUAGAAUCAACAGAACAGCUUACUCAUCACCAAUUGUUUGAAACUAUAUUCAAAAAGAUAGCAGACAGACCACAGGCUGUCUGGUUCUACUCCAUGCUACAAAACCUUGCACAGCUAGAUCCGACAAACCCAAAUGCGGACAAUGUGUGGGAAGCUCUUGAGGCACUUUCGUCUGAAGCUAUAACACCUGGAUUUUCUUUCUAUAAAAAACCAGUACACAGCAACAGUGUUAUGGCUCAACAAAAUUAUAAAAGACGUGUUCGGAGGUGCUGGAGUAUUAAUGUGCCACGGUCAGAAGAUAUCCGUGAGACAUGCACAGUGGCUACUCAGACUGAGUUAGACAAUGUUAGAGAAGCAGUACAACUCAGUGAUCAGGCCACACAGCAGCAACUGUCAUCAACAGAACCAGCAGGAUCAGUAUCAGCACCUCCGCCACCUCCACCCCCUCCACCACCACCACCACCACCACCACCACCACCACCACCACCACCAAUGCCAUCUCUUGCUCUCAAUCCAGUGAUUCCAUCAGUCUCAGGUCUUCCACCACCAUCACCAUUUGCAGAAUCUAAUUCUGAGCAAGAAGUUCCUCCACCUCCUCCAAUUCCCAAUAACAACAACUUUGAAACCCCAGUGUCACGUCGGGUCACAUCUGGCUACCUCACUUGUCCAACAAGACAUUCACUCCCAGCAGAUUUAACAGAUUCUGCAAAUUUUUGGACACCAGUCAAAGACAAGUGUAACACGCUACCUUUGCCCAGGCGGAAGAUGAGAACCCUAAACUGGACAAAACUCCCAAGCUCUGUCAUAGGUGAAUCAGUAUGGACAGAAAUGCAGAGCAAAGCAACCAAUCUUACAGUUGAUUUCAAGCAAAUGGAAGAGUUGUUCUGUCAGAAAACAGCCAAUGUGAAACGUCCAAAGUCUUCUCCAGGAACACUUCCAUCACCAAUAAAUCCCAAGAUUACUUUACUGGAAACUAAGCGUGAUUUGGCAGUAAACAUUUAUCUAAAACAGUUCAAAUCAGGAGGAAAAGCAGUCAUAGAAGCUAUAAAGAACCUCAAAGGAAAUGAUAUAGGCACUGAGAAGCUAAGAGCUCUCUUGCCACUACUUCCCACAGAAAAAGAGUUGACUUCAGUCAGAUCCUAUUCUGGAGAUUUGGACCGUUUAGGAGAAGCAGAGAAAUUUUAUCUACAGCUAUCAGAAGUACCUUCAUUUGCCCUUAGAGUUAGGGCAAUGUUACUUAAAGAAGAGUUUCCUUCAAGAACAUGUGAACUGAAAGAACAACUAGAGGCUGUUGCAGAUGCAUGCAAUAAACUGAUGACUAAUGAACAUUUGAAACAAUUUCUAGCAUUAGUACUUCAACUUGGAAAUUACAUAAAUGCUGGAAGCUAUGCAGGCAAUGCAGCAGGUUUUACACUCAGCACACUACCAAAGCUCUUAGAAAUAAAAGCAAACAAACCAAGACUGACAUUCUUGCACUAUGUGGUAGAAGUUGCGGAAGCUAACAAUAAGGAAAUAUUACAAUUCACAGAAGAGAUGAGCAACAUGAAAGAAAUAGCAAGGAUAUCAUUGGAGUUGCUUCAGGAAGAAGUAAUGAAAGUUACCAGUGAUGUCAAACAUGUUGAAUCGCAGCUGAAGAAAGAUAAAAGUGGAAUCCGGUCAGAAUUCAAAGAUUUCUUGAAGUCGGCUUUGAAAUGUAGUAAUGAACUUCAGCAGGCUAUGGAAAAGGUGAAAGGUUGUUCCAAUGCUUUAGCUAAACAUUUCUGUGAAGAUCCAAAGAAAUUUCAGCCUGAAGAAUGUUUCAGUUUGUUUGCUGACUUUUUUAAUAUAAUUGAGAGAGCUCGACUGGAAAAUGAAGAGAAAAGGAAAGAAGAAGAAAGGCGAAUUCAAGAGGAGAAGGAGCAAAACAAAACAAGUGGAAGCAGAGGUAGAGGCAGAGCGAGAAGAUUUUCACCAGAUAGACAAUAUGCUGCCGUUGAACGGAUUCUGAGGGACAUUUGCAGUGGAAAUUUCAAAUUACGGCGAAGUGAAGCUUAAUUCAAAGUGUUAUAAUUAUUUUGUUGUGUAAUAUCUACUUAAAAGUGCCACUGUGAAGUGGUUAUUUGCUCAGGAUCAUUGUGAAAGAUGCUGUGAAAAUGAAUCUCAGUUAUAUAUAAGUUAAAUGUAUUUACCUUUAAACCUAAGACAAAAUGCAUUUAAUGUGAUGGCUAAGUAGCCCUCUACUGACAGUGAUGUUUAACCAGUAAUUCCUAUUUAUUUUGUACAUUUUCUUCUUUAUGAGCUGUAAAUAACUUUUAUAUAUAAUAUUUUUUUACAAUUAAAUGUUUCAGAUAGAUAAUGGACAGAUUUAGUUCAAGAUAAAUUUAAAAAAAUAAACACAUUCAUUUUCCGUCCUGAUAUGCAUUCACAUAUAUAAUAAAAGUCAGCAACUGAAAGGACCAUACAUGCACGUUUAGCAAAACAAGUAAGCCACCAGAUGAGUUAAUUAGCCCUCUCUUGCUUAUAUGAAUUUGCUAUUACAUGCAUGCAUUUCGUGUAUGUAACCAGUCAUUUUAUGUAUAUCUUCAUAUGGACGAAGGCGUACAUAAAGAAAAGGGAAACACCAGUUUGCUUUUGUUCUACAAUAUUCUAGCAAACUGGUGCUUUUCAUUUAUUAUAAUGUUGUUCUACCGAGGACCGACGAAAGAUUCUGUUAACGUGGAAUGGGAAAGCUUACAUUAUAUGAAGAAAUGUGAUAAAACUUUAUGUUUUCCAGUAUACUGAAUGUAUGAGUGACCAAAUUUGUUACAGUGCAGAGUAAGUAGGAAACUACUACACCUGGCUACAAUUUGAUGAUUUCAAAUGUUUUCAUUGUCCAAAAUUUAGCUGAAUCAAUGAAUAACAAAGAUUCUGACUAAGCAGAUAGAGACAACUAGAAAGGAGUUACUAUUACAGAAACUGACAUUAACUGGUGAUAAUUAAAGGAAGGAACAUAUGUACAAACCAUUAAAUUUGCAUUAAAAAUAAGCUAAAACCAUACCAACACAUUAAUAACUGCUGA